CUUUUUUUCUAAUUAAAAAAAAAAACAAAACAGAGCAGUUUUCAAACACAGUUCUUUUUACCUUCCGAAAAUUAAGAAAACUUGCAAUAAUUUUCAAUUGAGCGUACGAGGAAAAAAGAAGAAAAAUGGGGUGGAUUGAAGAUGGAAUUUCUUCGAUUAGAUCUUUCCAGUUACGGCAGGCCCUCCAUCAAGCAGUUACCCUUGGUAUGAUUGUUGCAUCUGCAUUGAUGAUAUGGAAAAUGUUGAUAUGUGUAACCGGAAGCGAAUCGCCGGUCGUUGUCGUUCUUUCUGGAAGCAUGGAACCCGGAUUUCAAAGGGGAGAUAUUUUGUUCUUGAAUAUGGGUCGUGAUCCUAUUCGAGCUGGCGAAAUCGUUGUCUAUAAUGUCGACAAACGUGAAAUUCCGAUCGUCCAUCGCGUGAUUAAGGUCCAUGAAAGAAAAGAUACUGGAGAAGUCGAUAUCCUCACAAAAGGGGAUAAUAAUGACGAUGAUGAUAUAUCCUUAUACGCUCCUGGUCAGUUCUGGCUAAAACGGCACCACAUCAUGGGACGAGCUGUCGGUUUCUUACCAUACGUUGGCUGGGCCACGAUUAUCAUGACUGAGAAGCCAGUGAUCAAGUACAUUCUUAUUGGUGCAUUAGGUUUCCUCGCUAUUACAUCAAAAGACUAACGGAAAAAAACGAAGCGAUUGGACUAAGAUUUUAGGAUUGAUUUAAUUGCGACUGUUGUUCCCCAAACGGGAAACAGCACGAUGUUCUUGUUUGUGUGUCGAAUUAUGAUUGUGCUUCAACUUUCUUGAAUGAAAUUCAUUACAUGAUUGUGUGUAGGCACUUAUC